AUGGCUCUAAUAGGUGCCCAAAUUUCCCCCUUCUCAUACUACUACAAAACCCAAGAUCCAGCUUCAGCUAAAACAGAGGAAAGUGCAGAGUUGCACAGCGAGCAAAAAGUGAAGCACAAGCCAAGAAUCUGCAAGAUGGUGAAAGGGCCCAGUGGAUUUGGCUUCAGUUUAAACAUGAUCAAGAACAAGCCUGGACUGUUCAUCAAUGAGGUACAAAGCCAGGGGCCAGCUGGCGCAGCAGGCGUACAAAACAACGACUUCUUGGUGGAAGUGAACGGGGUGAAUGUGACCAACGACUCCUAUGACAAAGUGGUGGCAAGAAUCCAAGGCAGUGGUGACAGACUAACACUGCUGGUGUGCAGCAAAGAUGCUUACACCUACUUCCAAAGCCAGAACAUUCCCAUCACAGCCUCUAUGGCAGAUCCAGUCCACGAGAGUUCUGAGCCUCCUGCUUAUACGCAAAACCAUCUGUCAGAGACAGGAAGAAAGUCACCUGAACCAAGGAAAAGGGCAAGCUCUUCUUCCUCCUCAAGGUCAGCUGCCUCUACAAAAUCAGGCAGUGACAACGAUGACACAAGGCUGUGAGGAGACAAAAUAUGCCAAGAACAAAAGUGAAACCUUACCAAUCCUCAUUCUUCAAUCGUUCUUUGCUACUACACCUCCCAGAACUUGACUAUUCCUAACAGAGCCAUACAUGUAAGGACUGAUUUCAGCUGCCUGAAAGAAACGCUUCAGUGUGACUUGCAUUCAUUUAACAGAAGUGCAAGUGUGCUUCCUUGGCUUUCUGCCUUGUAAAGCAGGCAAUUAGUCACUUCUGUAAAAGCUCAACUCACUUAAACAUAUAUAACCAAGUACACUCCAGCAGCAGGCAGAAACCUUUUAUAGAUUUCUAAGCAUCUUUGCCUUUUAAGGAUAAGCUCUUCAUAAAGAGCAACUGAUUUCUGCCCAUCUCCCAGGAGAGGCAGUUCUCUCUCUAAUCCAAGUCCAUCAGCUGUUGCACCAACCUCUGUUGCACCUCCUCUGUGCUAUACUUCCAGUAGUAAAACAGCUGUGAAAUGCCUUAAGCCAACAUCCUCUGUGCAUGAUGCUCCUCACUCCUGCUAACCUUGCAGGAAUUUCCUUCAAACAUUAACUUCAUAAUGUGUAACUCCAGACAUUUAAGCACCAUUAUCUCUCCUCUGCAUGCAGUUGUGGAUUAUGAUAGUCAGAACAGUGCACUUGACUGAGUCAGGCAGGUUUGUCUAACUCCCAAGUCAUCACUACACUGUCUUGAAUGUAAUGUAACUGGUUCUGUAAAGCUGCUGCUGUAUAUUUUGCCUCCUUGCUGUACACUGAAGACAACACAGAAAUAAACUGUUUAGAGUGA